AUAGAGACUGAGGAAAUCUACGUAAACCAGAAGGUCAAGAUGCAGGCGGUAAUCAAACACAAGAGACGGGGAUCCUCAGGCAAUAAAGAAGCUGCAGAUGACCCUAACUAUGAGAAUAUCACCUUUACCUUCAAAAACCAGAACCAGCCAAAGGGCAGUCAUUCACCACCCAACAAUAAGGUGCCAGCCGAGUCCAGGCCACCCUCGGACACUGCCCAGGAACACCACUGGUUGCCUAAAGCCAUGAUGAGUCUGAACACCUUCUUGACUCUGUCCUGCAUGGUCCUCUUAGUGCUGGUGCUGGUGAAGAAUUUCGAGGUGUCCAGGGAGCUGGUGGUCUUGAAAGAGGUGCUCUGGAAAGUGCAAGGGUACCAAGAAGAGCAGAAGACUCAGUGGGCCACUGUGAAGCAGAACAUCACGGCAGCCAAGCAGAGCCUGGACACAAUCAAGAGGAGCAUCCAAGAGGGGAACCUGAAACAGAGGCAGCUGGCUACAGUCGAGUUCCACGGACACGCGCGCCCCCCUGCGGCCGCUCUCCGGAAUCGCCUCGCGCGUCCUGCCCACACGCCCGUCCCGUCGCUGCGCCUGCGCACGCCCCCUUUUACGGCGCCGUAA